AUGGAUCCUUUAUCAGCUUCUCAAGACGUGAAGCACCAUGGUGAUACAGCCGCUGCAGAGAGCCUACAUCUAGGGAUGCCUUCAAAUCCCAGUGGUGGACACACAGUCUUCACCACCGAACAGGAUCUUUCUGGCCCUUCUUUUGAAGCACAUCCUGCUGUUGCCCAUACGGCACAGCGGCCAGAUCAAGGGCCUGUUGCUGAAGGAGGAGGGAGCAGUGGUGUUGGAGGGAUUGCAGAGGGGGGAGGAGGAGAGGGUGUGACGGCCGAUGUGAAGGGUGGGAGAGGGACUGGGGAUGGAGGAGGUGGAGAGGGUAUGACUGGCGGUGUGAAGGGUGGGAGGAAGGCGAGGCGAGGACCGCUUGGCCAUGUGCGAAGCUUCCUAGAAAAGGUGGAGGAGAGAAUGCAUCGCAGUCCCCGGCAGCAGCGACAGGAGCCAAUCAGGCAGGUCCACGUGGAGGCAGCAGAAAGGGAGAGGCCGCAGCAGGCACAGCAGAAAGUGAUGCAGCAGCAGCAGCAGAAGGGGAAAGCAACUGCACCAGAAGCAGCAAGGCCUGCGGAGGCGUCGGGUGUGGGUGGGGUGGGCGUGGGAGGGAGUGAAAAGAGGUCUGGAGGGCUGGGACGACGAGCAGAAGGCCGUAGCUUGUCUGUUGGAAUGGUGGAAGAGGAGGCGGGGGGAGAAGAGGUCAAAGAGGGGGGCAGAGAGGAGAGAGGAGAGGAGGGCAAGGAGGGGACAGAGUCGGGAGGCAUUAGUAGCGUGCAAGGUAUGAGGGAGGAGGAGGGUAUGGCACAAGGGACAAGAAGCCCAAGAGGCGGAUUCGUGAGGAGGAUGAGGGAGAGGGUGAAAGGGGCACUGCACCCACACCGCCGCCCUGGCAGGAGCCGCAAGCGGGAUCUCAGUGGCACGCACACACGAUCCAGCAGCGUCGACAGCCCCAUGCUCAUCCCUUGCCCCCGCUUCAACCUCACCUUCCUGUAUCUGGACCUCAGUGGCAUGUACACACCCUCCAGCAGCGGCGGUAGCCCCAUGCUCACCCCUCGCUCUCCAUUCAAGCUCACCAUCAUGCGUGUGUGUAUUUCCCCCAUCCUUCCGUCCCCCUUUCCUCGUACUCAGCUGGACCUCAGCGGAUUGAGCACACCAUCCAGCAGCGGCGGUAGCCCCAUGCUCACCCCUCGCUCUACAUUCGAGCUCACCAUCAUGCGUGUGUGUAUUUCCCCCGUCCUUCCGUCUCUCUUUCCUCGUACUCAGCUGGACCUCAGCGGAUUGAGCACACCAUCCAGCAGCGGCGGUAGCCCCAUGCUCACUCCUCCCACGCCCCCUCCGUCUCCUGCUGACGUGGAGAAUCUGGGUGCAUCUGCACCGUCGAUUGCGGAAGCGAUGCAAGCGGGAACAAGUGGUGACUUGGCAGGAGGGGAAGGAGGUGACGUGGCACGGCUGAGGGCAGUUGCAGAAGAGCUUAUACUGAAGGGGGGGUCGGACGAGGUGUUCUAUGAUGCCCACAUGUCGUUCUAUGGGCCGUUGGAUGCCGCAGAGCAGGAGAAUCUGAGGGUGGCCGUGCAGGCAGCCAUUUCAGAGGCUGUAGCAGAGGGAUUGAAGGGGAAGGAGGGACCUGCGGUAAGUGGGGAGGGGCCUGUGGCAAGUGGGGAGGGGCCUGUGGUAAGUGGGGAGGGGGCUGUGGUAGCCAGUGAGGGGCCUGCGGUAACCAGGGAGGGGCCUGCGGUAACCGGGGAGGAGCCUGAAGUAGCUGGGGAGGAGCCUGUGGUGACCGAAGAGGGCCCUGUGGUAGUUGGAGAGGGGCCAAUGGUAACCAGAAAGGGGCUUGUGGUAACCAGAGAAGGUUCUGAUGUAACCGGGGAGGGGCCUGUGUUGACUGGGGAGGGGCUGGGGCCCGAGGCGGCACCUGAAGAAUCACCUGAAGCGUUACCUGAGGCUGGAACGCCACCUGGUCUGUGGCAGCUGCCACACGAGGAGACUUCAACAUUGGAGCCUUCAUUAGAGUCACCGCCAUCAUCCCAGCCUCCCAUCGCUGCUGCGCUCCCUCUAUCUCCCGUUGUGGCUCCCCUUGUUGAGUCAGGUCCUUCACAAGCACCAGAAACAGCAGCUGCUGCACCCCUUCCCCUCCCACCCACUUCAAUUGAGCUGCCUGCUGCUUUUGUUCCUGCUGCUCCUGGUGCGGCGUCAGCAGCACGCCCCCUACAGUCAACAGAGAAAGAAGAGGAGGCUGCACCCUCUGCUUCCAAACUCAGUUCCACUGAGCUGCUUCCUGCUACUGUACCAGCGGCAGCUACUCCUGCUGCUGCUCCUGGUGCCGCUGGUGUUCUCUCAGCUGCAGCAGGCGCAACAGGGGAGCCUGCAACCGAUGUGCUCUCCGCUGCUGCUGCUGAGUCGGCAGAGCCGUCGAUUGCUGUUGCAAGUGCCGAGUCAUCAGGUCCGGAUGUUGUUGCUGCAGAAUCAGCAGGCCCUGGUGCUGUUACUGCUGAGUCAGGAGGGGUUACUGUCAUUGACACAGCAGGCGCACGUGCUGCUGCAAGCAUGGCAGCAGGAGGAAAGGACGCUGAAGGAACCAGCAACCCUGGCGUUAAGACUCCAGGUGGCAUGGGUGGCAUAGGUGAUCGAGGUGGCUUGGCUGGCUUGGCCGGCAUGGGCGGCAUGGGUGGCGCAAUGGGUGGUACUCAUGGUGGGAGGAGGGAGGAGAGCGCAGCAAGUGAAUGGAGCAGCCAGUCACAGGAGGGGUCGCCGCCUGGUGCGAGGAUGAAGAAACUGGGCGAGGUGGAGGAGAUGAUUGGAGAAGGGGAUGACGGGGUAGCAGGGGAGGAGGCGGAGGGUUCUGUGUCAGAGCAGGGCGGAUUGGUGGGGGCGAAAGGAAGACUGUUGGGAGCACGGAUGAUGGGAGAGGGACAAGAGUUGGGAGGUUCUGAGCGGGAAGGGAUGAUGGAGGAAGAGGUUCUUGGAGCUAUUGUGGAGGGUGACAGGGAGGGAGACGAGGAGGGAGAGCAGGGUUGGGCUGGGACGGCUCAGGAGGCAGGUGUCGUGCAGGGAGAGGUGCCUGCAGCAGCUGCUGUUGCGGAGAAGGGAGAGGUGCCCGAUGGUACUGCUGCUGCUCCAGACGAGGAGGGAGGGGUGCCUGGUGAUGGUGGUAGUGGUGCUGUUGCGGGGGAAGGCGAGGUGCCUGCUGCUGCUACUGCUGCGGAGGAGGAGGAGGAAGGGGAAAUGGUUCCUGGUGGUGGUGGUGCUACCGCUACUGCUACUGCUGAGGAUGAAAAGGUGCCUGCUGCUGCAGAAGAGGGAGAGACGACUGCUGUUGCAGAGGCAGCGAGAGAGGUACCGGCAGAUGAGGAGCCAACACUUGGCACCGUGGUUGCAGCUAUGCUACCCUCGACGGUGGUGCGUAUGCUGGGGUUAGAAGGUGAGGGCGAGGCAAGCAGGGGGCGAGUGGGGGAGACGGAGAUGCUGGCAGAGGCAGAGGAGGAGCAGCAGCAGGAGCAGGCAGGGUGGAAGGGGCGGGAGGAGAAGAAGCAGCAGCAGAAGGCUUGGCAACAGGAAGAGGAGCAGGAGCAAGUGCAGCAGCAAUCUGGCCCAAGUGGCACUGCUGAGGAGGAGACCAAAGUGCCUGCUGCUGCUGCUGCUGCUGCUGCUGCUGCUGCUGCUGCAGAGAAGGGAGAGGUGCCUGCAGCUUUUACUGCUGCGGAUGAGGAGAAAGAAAUGCCUGCUGCUUUUGCUGCAGAAGAGGGAGAGGCGCCAGCAGAUGAGGAGACGACAACACUUGGCACCGUGGUUGCAGCUAUGCUACCCUCGACGGUGGUGCGUAUGCUGGGGUUAGAAGGUGAGGGCGAGGCAAGCAGGGGGCGAGAGGGGGAGACGGAGAUGCUGGCAGAGGAGCAGGAGGAGCAAGGGGAGGAGCAGGAAGGGUGGAAGGGGCGGGAGGAGACGAAGCAGCAGCAGCAGCAGCAGCAGCAGGAGGAGAAGCAGCAGGAGGAGCAGCAGCAGGAGGAGAAGCAGCAGGAGGAGCAGCAGCAGGAGGAGCAGCACCAGCACGGAUGGCAGGAGGAGGAGGAGCAGGAACAGGUGGAGCAGGCAUUUGGCCCAAGUGACACUGUUGAAAAGGAAGUUGAAGGAGGAGAGCGAGAGAAACAGCAUUCGACCACAGCUGCCCUUGCAGCAGCUGCGCCCCCUUCCUGGCUCUCCCCUACCAGGGGAACAGAGGGAGGAGCGGGAGCAGUGAUUGAGGAGGAGGAACGGGAAGUGCAGCAGCAGCAGAAGAUGCAGCCACAUCAGCUGCAGGAGAUGCAGGAGAAGCAGCUUCUGGAAGCUCAGAAGGAUGAAAGUUUCUGGAGUCAUACAGAAGAAGGGGAGGAAGGAACUGAAACAUUAUCUGCUGAGGGGGGUGAAGUUCCAACCAAGGGCCUGGCUGCAGGAGGGAGGAGUGCAGGUCCGACCAAGGGCCUGCACACAAGAUUUCUUGAGAGCAUGAUGCCUGGCGUGGACUGGAGCGACGUGGCUGCAGAGGAAACGAGUGGCGCUCCCAAGGAGUCAAUGCUAGGUGGGAAGGCAACAGAGCCGUCUAAAGUGGCAUCCGACUGGAUUCCUGGGGGGAGAGUGUCUGAAAGGCAUCCCUAUACCUUUGAUACCCCACAAAUGGGUACGUCCGAGCUGCCAGGAGAAAGUGUGUCAGGGAAUUCAGCAAAGCUUGGAGGAGAGACAGGGUGGGCUGGGCUGACCCGAUGCAUUAGGUCCGAGGAGAGGGGAGGGGAUGUGGCUCAGGAAGGGGGUGUGGUUCAACCAGUGGGAGAAGAGGGGGCUGUGCACGAAUCAGGAGGUGGAUUGGACGUGAAUGCAUCAGGGGACAUGGGAGAAAAUGUGACGGGAUGGGGGGAUGAGGAGGUGGAUGAGCCAAUGAGCGUGGAGGAGAGUGCACGGCUGGUGGAAGAAGCACGAGGGGAGCUGAGAGGGGCACGGGAGGACAUGGCUAAAGCGUUGGAGAGGCAGAUGCAUAUGUUGGCUGCAUGA